AUGAAUUUGAUGUCACAGCUCUACUACCGGCGGACUGACAGCUCCUCGUACCGGGACCGCAUCCCACUGAGGAUCGUGCGGGCCGAGUCGGAGCUGUCGCCCCUGGAGAAGACCUACCUCGGAGCUGUGGAGAAAGGCGACUACGCCAGUGUCAAACACGCUCUGGAGGAGGCAGAGAUCUACUUUAAGAUCAACAUCAACUGCAUCGACCCUCUCGGCCGCACGGCUCUGCUGAUCGCCAUCGAGAACGAGAACCUGGAGAUCAUCGAGCUCGUGCUCAGCUUCAGCGUCUACGUCGGCGAUGCCCUGCUGCACGCCAUCCGCAAGGAAGUGGUGGGCGCUGUGGAGCUGCUGCUGAAUCACAAGAAGCCCAGUGGCGGCAUGCAGGUUCCUCCCAUCUUAUUGGACAAGCAGUUCUCCGACUUCACCCCCGACAUCACUCCCAUCAUACUUGCGGCGCACACCAACAACUAUGAAAUCAUCAAGCUCCUGGUGCAGAAAGGCGUUUCAAUCCCGCAGCCGCAUGAGGUGCGCUGUAACUGCGUGGAGUGCGUGUCCAGCUCGGACGUGGACAGCUUGCGUCACUCGCGCUCGCGCCUCAACAUCUACAGGGCGCUGUCCAGCCCCUCCCUGAUCGCCCUCUCCAGCGAGGACCCCUUCCUCACGGCGUUCAGGCUCAGCUGGGAGCUGCAGGAGCUCAGCAAGGUGGAGAACGAGUUCAAAUCCGAGUACGAGGAGCUUUCUCAGCAGUGCAAACAGUUUGCCAAGGACCUGCUGGACCAGACCAGGAGCUCCAGGGAGCUGGAGAUGAUCCUCAACUACAGAGACGACAUGAACCUGUUGGAGGAGGAGAACAACAACGACCUGGCCAGACUCAAACUGGCUAUCAAGUAUUACCAAAAAGAGUUUGUAGCUCAGCCGAACUGCCAGCAGCUGUUGGCGUCCCGCUGGUACGACGAGUUCCCCGGCUGGAGGCGGCGACAGUGGGCCGGGAAGUUCUUCACCUGCGUCUUCAUCGGCCUCCUCUACCCCGGGUUCGCUCUCUGCUACCUCAUCGCUCCGAAGAGUCGCUACGGCCUCUUCAUCCGCAAGCCCUUCAUCAAGUUCAUCUGCCACACGGCGUCCUACCUGACCUUCCUCUUCCUGCUGCUGCUCGCCUCCCAGCACAUCGUCACCACGGAGCAGGACCGGCAGGACAGGCAGGGCCCGGCGCCCACCACCGUGGAGUGGAUGAUCCUGCCCUGGGUGCUGGGCUUCAUCUGGGCCGAGAUCAAGCAAAUGUGGGACGGUGGUUUCCAAGACUAUGUCCACGACUGGUGGAACCUGAUGGACUUUGUGAUGAACUCUCUAUACCUGGCCACCAUCUCCCUCAAGAUUGUAGCCUACACUAAGUACAGCGGCAGUAAACCCAGGAACCAGUGGGAGAUGUGGCACCCGACGCUCGUAGCUGAGGCGGUGUUCGCCAUCGCUAACAUCUUCAGCUCCCUGCGCCUGAUCUCGCUGUUCACAGCCAACUCUCAUCUGGGGCCGCUGCAGAUCUCCCUGGGGAGAAUGCUGCUGGACAUCCUGAAGUUCCUCUUCAUCUACUGUCUAGUCCUGCUGGCCUUCGCUAACGGGCUGAACCAGCUCUACUUUUACUACGAGACCAAGGCCUCGGACGAGAAGGGGAAGUGUAAGGGCAUCCGCUGUGUGGAGCAGAACAACGCUUUCUCCACGUUGUUCGAGACCCUGCAGUCUCUCUUCUGGUCGAUCUUCGGCCUGAUCAGCCUCUACGUCACCAACGUGGACGCCGACCACCAGUUCACUGAGUUUGUCGGCGCCACCAUGUUUGGAACCUACAACAUCAUUUCACUGGUGGUGCUGCUCAACAUGCUCAUCGCCAUGAUGAACAACUCCUAUCAGCACAUCGCUGACCACGCAGACAUCGAGUGGAAGUUCGCCCGGACGAAGCUGUGGAUGAGUUACUUUGAGGAAGGGGCCACGCUGCCGGCCCCCUUCAACAUCAUCCCCAGCCCCAAGUCCUUCCUCUACCUCAUGUGUUGGAUUAAGAGGCAAGUGUGCAAGAGGACCAACUCCAAGCGGCCCGACACCUUUGGAUCUCUCGGAAGGCGAGCAGCAGAGAAUCUGAGGAUAAACCAUCAAUAUCAGGAGGUGCUGAGGAAUUUGGUGAAACGUUACGUGGCCGCCAUGAUCAGAGACGCUAAGACAGAGGAAGGUCUGACUGAAGAGAACUUCAAGGAGCUGAAACAAGAUAUCUCCAGCUUCCGCUACGAGGUGAUGGGCAUGAUGAAGACGGGGAAGCCCGCCCUGCAGGGGGCGAAGGCCAGCGGCAGCUCGGUGGAAUCCAGCCUGGCUUACCCUAACUCCUCGCUCAAGCUUUCCCCCGGUCCUCAGAGCAGCCAGGGCAAAAGCAAAAGCAACAGAUUCAAGAUCACCGCCUCCAUCCUCAAGAUGGGCAGCUCCACAGCGUCACCCAGGCCGCCGGAGGCCUUCAACGGCCUGCCCAACGGACUCCUGGCCCUGGAGCCUGAUGAGAGCCCCGGGGACAAGACAGGCCAGAGGAGGAACUUCCCCAAAGAUAUCACCGACUUCGGCUUGUUCCAGAAACGCCACCGCAACGAGGCCACAUCGGGCGAAGAAGAGAUUUCCAGGAAGAUGUACUCUUUAUCAGAGGAAGCAGGGGACUCUGGGGGCUCGGACGCAGAGGAGCGGGACAAAGAGGAGGAGACAAAGCUCUUAGGGGGAGAAAUGGCGGAGGAGGCUGCGGGGACGGCGGCAGACAUCGAGGAUGGCGAGGUCUCAAAUACCAAGUACGGCUCGGAGCUAGACGAGGACAAAUGA